AUGAUGCCAUUCACAAGCACACAAGAUCAAAUCAGCCGAAAGGGCAUCUUUCACACCAUCCAGGACUAUGUUGGGGGUGAGAAGUGCCUCUCAGAGUUAUACGACAGCUACAGAUACGUCCCAGUAGAUGAUAUCGAUGCGUCGUGUACCAAAAAUGCCACUGUCGUCAAACUUGUAUGCCUCAACUUCUCCCAGAAGAGAAAGCUGAAGAAAUUUGCAGCAGAUGAGAUCUGGUUGUCUAGGGACGCCUGUUGCCGAACCAUCGUGAGAUGUUUUGACUACCUCCCAGCUAUCAACGCCAUCGUCACCGAGCAACGCCCCCGAGACGGCGCAAUCCACCCGGCACGAGACCGCUUCGAGGAUUCGGCUAUCCUCGACAUCUCCUGGGAUCUGCUCCUCGCUCUCGCCUACCUCCAUGCCCGCGGCAUCGCCCACGGAGAUGUCCGGCCGCGGAACGUCAUCCCAUUCCCCUCGUACCCCCGUCGCGACCGCCACAAGCUCUUCGGCCACGGCCUCGUCCCGGACGUCAUCGGCCACUGGCCCAAGGACGACGGCUACACGGCGCCCGAGUUCCUCGUCGAGAACGCCGAGAUGCGCAAAAGGGGGAAGGAGGGUAGGGGGGCGGUGAAGCCGACCUUCGCGUCGGACAUCUGGCAGCUCGGCAUGCUUCUCUGGCACUGCCACCGCUACGGCUCCCACUGGGACUCCGAGACGCCGCCGUGGCGGAGGAACAGCUGGCAGUCCGAGGUCCUCGUCCAGCCCGACCUCGCGCCGACGUCGGGGGCUUCCAUGAAGGGGAUCAGGCCGCUGGCAUUCAGAGCCAAGGGCUGCGAGGACCCAAGCCACACCUGGUUGCAGCAGUUGUUGAGCAACAUGCUCGACGAGGACCCCCUCGCGCGAUCGAGUGCGAUGGGGCUACUUCGGCAGAUGCAGAGCCAGAGGUACCACGCCGUCGAGAGGAAGGAGUUGGAGGAGGACGUGGAGGAUAUGAAAGAUGCCGUGCAGACUGCGAAAAAGGAGAUCUGGGAGAGAAGCCCCCUCGGGAAGGCGGUAUUGGGAGUGAGGCGGGCGCGGGUGGAGUUCGUCAGGUUCAUCUUCCUCAUUGCUCUCCUGUUUCAUUUGGUGUAG